AUGGCGACCGUCGUACCGCCCCCGUCCAAGAGACAGAAGCGCGCAGAGCUCGAGCGCAGUCAAUUGCAACAGGAUGUGACGUUGGCAAACGAGGGCCCUGCUGGCUCCUUCAAAGCCCACUUCAUCGACGGCGAUGGCAAGCAGAUGGCCGAUGUGAUCGAGGUGCCCUUGAAAGAUGCGUCGGAGAAGAACCUGUCGCUUCUGCUCAACACAUUGAUGGCGAGGGACAAGGAGGAUUUUCUGCCGUACCGUUUCCGCAUACACAUCCCCGACAGCGAGAUCAUUGUCGAUCAAUAUCCCACCGAUCUAGUCAAGCUUCUCCGCGAUCAUGGCAUCGACAACCCAUUCGAGACAACCGUCACACUUAGCGCCGAGCCGCAGGCCGUGUUCAAAGUGCAAGCCGUGACGCGCAUGUCCCAUAAAAUCCCCGGCCAUGGGGAAGCCAUCCUCGCGGCCCAGUUCAGCCCCGCGAACAGCAGCAGGUUAGCGACCGGGUCUGGCGACAAGACGGCGAGGAUCAUGGACACAGAUACGGGCACGCCCAGGUUCACAUUGUCAGGACAUACACAUUGGGUUCUCUGCGUGGCGUGGUCCCCGGAUGGCAAGAGGUUGGCGACGGGCAGUAUGGACAAGACGGUACGGUUGUGGGACCCAGAGACGGGGAAACCCAUCGGCCAGCCCCUGACAGGUCAUGCCAAGUGGGUGACUAACAUUGCGUGGGAGCCGUACCAUCUCUGGAAGGACGCGCCGCGACUGGCGAGUGCGAGCAAAGAUGGUACUGUCAGAGUGUGGAAUGUGGUGACGAGCCGGUCGGAGCACGUCUUGUCCGGGCACAAGAGCAGCGUGAGCUGUGUCAAAUGGGGUGGCACGGGGAUGAUCUACACUGGCAGUCACGACAAGGCUGUGAGGAUAUGGGACGCUGACAAGGGAGUUCUUUUGCACACCCUCUCCGCGCACGCACACUGGGUCAACCACCUGGCGCUGUCGUCGGACUUUGCGCUACGCACAGCGUACUUUGACCACGAGCCGGUGCCUGACUCGGAGGAAGGCAAAAGGGCCAAGGCCAAGGCACGCUUCGAAAAAGCCGUCAGAGUGCAGGGCAAAGUGGCCGAGCGGGUGGUCUCUGCGAGUGACGACUUCACCAUGUACCUCUGGGAUCCGUCGUCGGGGACCAAGCCUGUCGCUCGCCUGCACGGGCACCAGAAGCAGGUCAACCACGUCACGUUUUCCCCAGACGGACUCCUCAUCGCCAGUGCGGGCUGGGAUAACCACACCAAGAUAUGGAGCGCCAAGGACGGCCGCUUUAUCAACACCCUCCGGGGACAUGUAGCCCCCGUCUACCAGUGCGCCUUUUCCGCGGACUCCCGACUCCUAGUGACGGGGUCAAAGGACACGACGCUCAAGGUGUGGUCCAUGGCGACGUGUAAGCUGGCAGUGGAUCUUCCGGGCCACCAGGACGAGGUUUACGCCGUGGACUGGAGUCCCGAUGGUACCAAGGUGGGGAGUGCUGGCAAGGACAAGGCCGUGCGACUCUGGUGCAACUGA